AUGUCUUCUGAUAGCAGUGCAACUGGUUUUGGGAUUUGCCCUAAUACUGGUGCUGGUACUGGUACUGGUGCUGGUACUGGUACUGGUACUGGUACUCCUCCCAUCGAAGCUCUUCUGUUGGCUGACGACGGCUUUUCGAUCGAAGGCAUUUUCCCUUUUAUAGGUGUUGGGCAUUACGCUUUUGUAGGAGCUGUUAACAAGAAGAUGAAUCAACUGUACAAAGAGUACUGUGAAAUUGAACUCAACAAAAAUCCAAGAAAGGUAGAGGAUUCCCCUCGACACUAUCUUCCCAGUCGUGCUGCAGAAAGCACUGAUACUCUUUACAGAGAAACAUUCUGUAACCAGCAACGUGCAGAAUACUGGCUCAAGGACAAUUCCAGCAAUAAGAUGCCUCAGCGUAAUCAUGUUUGCAAUGUGAUUGCCAGAUAUGGAAAUCUUGCUGUCAUGAAAUGGGCACGGCAACAAGGAUUCUAUUGGAGUGAGCGGACAUGUGCUGCAGCGGCUAGAAAUGGACAUUUUGAAUUACUCCAAUGGUUAAGAGAGAAUGGUUGUCCAUGGGAUGAGCGGACAUGUUGUGUUGCUGCUGAAAAUGGACAUUUGGAAAUUCUCAAGUGGGCUCGUGAAAAUGGUUGUCGAUGGAAUGAACGGACCUGCUCAGGUGCUGCUAAAGGUGGCCACUUGGACAUUCUCAAGUGGGCUCAUGAAAAUGGUUGUCCAUGGAGUAAACGGACAUGUCUAUCUGCUGCUGCAUAUGGGCAUUUGGAACUUCUAAAGUGGGCUCAUCAAAAUGGUUGUCCUUGGAGUGUAACGAAAUGCAAGAAAGCUGCUCGCAGGAAUAACCAAUUCGAAGUGAUCCAGUGGCUACUGUACGGUGAACAAUAA